UCUCAUCCCUGUGUUGUUUUUCACGUGUUAUGUAUUGUUAUUGACAGAUGAUGAAAUUGUUAUUUAAAUGCCCCCAUUCAAAUAAUUCAAGAAAUGAUGCGUUUGUUUCUAGUGUGGAAAUAUAUUUAUUUGUUAUUGGGAUAAAAGUUUAAAUCAUUCAGUAAAUAUAGCAAUUUUCUAACCUAAUGAAUUAAUACUGUCUGUCACAUUGUUUGUUUUGAAAUAACCUAAAAAUGUAUCUUGAAUGUUUGAAAACUUGCAUUAAUAGCAAUAAAAAGAAAAGUUUAAAACUAUUUUUAAAUAUUUUAAAGUCAGAAAGGUGUCUUGAGCCUAAAGUAUUAAAUAAAACAUAUACGCUUGUUCGUGAAAAAAAUAUUUUUCCUUUAUAUAAAACUGUUGACAGUAUACCUUUUCUUUCAAAAAAUUAUUUUUCUCGACUGAUAUCGUCUUUGCGAAUAAACGACUAUAAAUAUAAUAGAGAGGAAUACUCGUAUUCAUAUAACAGAAGUUCGAAAAAAUUAGUGUACAUUUUUAGCGGCCUCAGUGCAGCAAUACUUUUAGGUGAUGGUUCUAAUGUUAACAAAGAGAGACGAUUCUUCAGAGCAGCACAGUAUGGACACAUUCAAGAUCUUAAAAGGGCUUUAUCCGAUGGUGUUGAUGUGAAUUUGAGGCAUCCCCUAGGAUGGAAUGCUUUACAUGUAGCUGCUAUAAAUGGUCAAGCUGAAGUCAUUAAAUUCUUAAUAUCUAAAGGAGUUGAUGUAAAUUUAGGGGACGAAUUUAGUAGUAUUUAUAAAACAGCUGUGGAGAAAGGAUUGCAUCCAACUGAUGUUGCUGUGAAACGUGAAGAGGAGUUUUCUGAUCAUUUGAAUAACAGAGCCAGUUUUAGAGGCUUUACAGCUUUGCACUAUGCAACAUUAUCAAACUCUAAGGAAAGUGUUCAAGCCUUGUUGGAUGCAGGAGCAAAUCCUGCACUUGAAAAUGAACAAGGUUAUCGUGCUGUUGACUACGCGAGAGAAGGAGAGAUUAAGGAAUUGCUUGUAAAAUAUAAUCUUAAAUAUGCUGAAGCAAUGAAAGAAAGGGAAGCGGAAGAAAGGCGCAGAUUUCCUUUGGAGCAAAGACUAAAGCAGUACAUUGUCGGUCAAGAGGGUGCAAUUUCUAUUGUAGCUUCCACUAUACGAAGGAAGGAAAAUGGUUGGAUAGAUGAAAAUCAUCCAUUAGUCUUCUUAUUUCUUGGUUCCUCAGGAAUUGGAAAAACGGAAUUGGCCAAACAAUUGGCUGCCUAUAUUCAUAAAAAUAAACGCGAAAGCUUCAUAAGACUUGAUAUGUCCGAGUAUCAAGAAAAACAUGAAGUUGCAAAACUUAUUGGAGCUCCUCCUGGAUAUGUAGGUCAUGAUGAUGGUGGUCAGUUAACUAAACAGUUGAAAAAAUUUCCUAAUGCUGUUGUAUUGUUUGAUGAAGUAGACAAAGCGCACCCAGACGUAUUAACUGUCCUUUUACAACUUUUUGAUGAGGGUAGAUUGACUGAUGGAAAAGGUAAAACCAUUGACUGUAAAAGCGCGAUAUUUAUUAUGACAUCCAAUUUAGCCAGUGAAGAAAUAGCUGAACAUGGUAUGCAAUUAAGGGAGGAAGCUGAACGUAUAAUUUCGCAACGACUAGAAAAAAAAGAAAAUAAAGACGAAGAAUUAGAACACAUUGAAAUCUCACGAAACUUUAAAGAUGAAGUGGUUCGACCGAUUUUGAAGUCUCACUUUCGAAGGGAUGAAUUUUUAGGAAGAAUCAAUGAAAUAGUUUAUUUUUUACCAUUUUCUCGAGCAGAGCUUAUUCAAUUAGUUUCACGAGAACUUGAAUCUUGGUCGAUACGUGCUAAAGAAAGACAUGGAAUAGAAUUGAAAUGGGACAGAGAAGUUUCGUCCGCCUUGGCUGAUGGAUAUGAUCCACAUUAUGGCGCUCGCUCUAUUAAAUACGAAGUUGAGAGAAGAGUCAUAAAUCAAUUAGCUUCAGCUCAUGAACGAGGUCUAGUGAGUAAAGGAUGUUCGGUGCUGCUAAAAUCCAAAUGGCAGGAGAAUGGUAUUAGUAUUUAUUUAUCUGUCAAGUCUGCAGGUGGAAAGAAAUUCAAAGAUAUUAUAGUUACCGAUAGUUUAUUUACUCAAAAAUAAAAAGAAAUUUUAUGUAUUGCUCAAAGAGAAUGAUAUUUUUCUAAGAAUCAGCACAUUGUAGAUAAAUGUUUUACUGUAUUAAAUCUGUUAAAAUAUUUACAUAAAUAUAAAGUCCUUAUGUCCUUAUUUUUUAA